AUGCUGAUUGUCCACCACUGGAAGAAGUUCACAGCCCGCACAUGGUCCAAGGCAGGGGUCUCUGUGUGGAACGAUGUGAAAGACUUGCAGCUGCAGGAUUUAGAAGUCGCGGAUGUAAAGCAGCACAAGUCUUACAGAGCUGGCUUUUGGAGAGGUCCAGCUGUAAAGGAGCCUCUCGUCGGCCUCAGUCGGUCCAAUCACCCUCACAGCACCUGGGACAAGGACCGCAGCUCAUCAAGCCCAUACGGAGCUGGACACGUGAGCAAAGAGCAGUUCAAACGCUGCUCAAAGUUUCCACCAGAGAAUAUGGACUACUGA